UCACUGUAAAACAAAAGAGGUUGCUGUGUUGCAUUGCCUCCUCAAACCGCAGAGAUGUUUCCGCGUUCUUUAAGGGAAGUUGAUCUUUGGCCAUCGCGGAAGGAAAGUUGUCUACAGCGUCGUAAACAAAAAAAAAAUCACGUGCAUCCAACCCUCCCCCGCUUCAUCAAAUGCAUUGUAUGUAUUUUACAUUAUAGGUUUCACGAUUCAGCUAUGACAGCGCCAUCUUCAUGUUAGCGCACAUCUGCAGGUUGCGUCGAUUACUGCCCGCUCGCUCCUCGCUGCUCCUAAAGUCUGAAAAUGAGCGAUCAGAGAAGGAAAGCGUUAAAAACAAUACUACAGUUGACGUGUCAAAUUCUGUGGGUGGUGGGGCUGGUGGUGGGCCUGAGUGGAGUCUACCUGCUGAUGAUCUACAGACAGAGCAGCUUAUUUCUUUCUCACAGCUACAUCACUCUGCCAGCGGUCUUUGCUCUUGCCAGCGCUGCAUUCCUAUUGGCCAGCGGCUGCCUCGGCUCCUGGCUGAGCUUCAGAGAUUCCACCUUUCUGCAGGGACUGUUUGUUUAUCUGCUUGUUUUGGUCUUUUGUCUGGAAAGUACGGCUUCAGCGUUGGCUUAUUUUCACUCUACAAAGCUGGAUUCAGAGAUAGCUCCUCUAAGGGGAGUCUUUCAGAAUUACACAGGCAGCAGCAAGGACCUCAACUCUCGAGCUGUGGAUGCUGCACAAGAAGAGUUGCAGUGUUGCGGUGUCCAUGACUACAGGGACUGGCUGGAAACCUCCUGGUUUAACAGCACUGGAGGCCUCUGCGUUCCUCACAGCUGCUGCAACUCUACUUUCCCCUCCUGCAAUGGCGCUGUGGACCAGCCAUGGCAGCUUUAUGCACAGGGCUGCCAGGUGAAGCUGGAGAUCAGAUUACAGUUCGUGCUGAGUUUUCUCAUCUGGGGCUCCCCGCUGGUUUUUCUAGUGGAGGUUGUUUUGUUUCUGACGGUGGCACAGCUAAUGAGACACCAACCAGUUAUGGAUUAUCAAGUACUGGACAAAAACUAAAAGACACUGUGACGGAUGGGACAGCAUUGUACUUUGCACAAUACUUCAAAGUAUGUCAUAUCAUAUCGUGUAAAUGUGCAUCAAAUUAUUAUUGGGAUUGUUGUUCCUGAGCUGCAGACCUCUUACCUGCCCCACCACUGCUGAUUAAUACAGGUUUACUCCAGUACACUGCAAAACGUGACAUAAAAGUGGUGAAAUGUAUUUUGCGUAAUGCAGUCGUUGGUAUUACUGACACCACAAAGAUGACGAUGGACAGUUUAUGGAAAGCUAUUUAUUGCUUUAGAUUUACAGUUGCACCAUUCAGUUUAUAUUGGUAGACUCAGCAGUGUCGUAUAAUCCUUCAGAGUGGAAAUAAAAAAGGCUAAAUGAUUCUCAGUGAUGUAUAACAUCUUCUGUUUAGUGAAUAUGACUUGCCAUCAGGUUGAAGGUACAGGAUUUGUUUUGCCUAUCCUGUGCCUAGAUAUGUUUCAUACCCUACAGUAUAGCAAACAAAUCAUAAUAUGUGAUAUGAUGACUAAGGUUACAUUGUUUUGUUCUUGAUUUUUGGUUGUUGAUGUGUUAUUAUUGUAUACACAGCACUUUUUUUACUGUCUCUAUGUUUAAUUAUUGUUGUUCGUCUGACAUUGACACUCAGAAUUAAUUUCUGAAGGGACAGUAAACUAAACUAAAUGUUUAAAUGCACUGUUCUGUUGAUUACACUUGCAUUCCAUGAUUCAUUAUCUGAAUACUCAUGAUCUGAAUACUACUUAUGUAUGUACCACAUUUCAUAACUUGUUCUGUAUAUCCUUCACUCUCUGCAUUGUCUCUAAAAUUAGAACGUCUCUGCAUCUUUUAUCAUAAUGGCCAUUUGAACCAAAUAAUUAAAAUAUUUUCAAACUGA